CUAAUUUGAAUAUUUUUAUAAAUCGAUUACUUUCCUGUAAUAAUUCUGGUGUCUUAGUUUCACAAAUAAAUGGGGAAGUCCUCAACAACAACAACAAUAACAAAACUGGAUUGAAAUCAAUCAUUACAAUUGAUAUUUAACAAAACUUCAUUAGUUCCCUUCAGAGUAAUGUCAACUGUACUUGAAAAUCAACCAUAUGCAAUAUAUCCUAUUGUGUUUAAUCCUUAUGAAGUGCCAAGUUAUAAACGACUAGCUACUUUCAGUGGUAUUCCAUUUAAAGAACCUGAUAAAACAUACAUUGAUAAUCAUUUAACCGAUGAGAUAAGAUCAAAAGAUCAUUCCACUAAGGACUCUUCUUCAUUAUGUUUAAACGAAUCUGAUGUACAAAAAGAUUCAACAAUUAUUAAAAAACAAGUAAAUAAUGAAAAUAAUAAACAAAUCAAUCAUAAAUCGUUAUUUAAAACAAUUAAAAAACAAUUACAAGAUAGAUGUGAUAUAGGAAAUAAUUGGUUAUUAACAUCAAAAAUCAAAUUAAUUCCAAGACAAGCAGUUUCAUCCAAGAAACCAACUAUACCAACUCCAAACAUGGAUUUAUUAAAAGUGAAUGUUUUAAAUACAAAGAAAAAUAGUUAUACUUCCAAAACAACUCAAUCAACUUCACAUGAACAAACAUUUAAGAAAAGACCACAUUCAGUUGCAUCCACCCAUUCACGACUUUCAAAUCAGCUUAAUCCAGAAUGUGAUACAAAUAUAUCAACUGCUAGUUCGCGUAGUAGUAGUAAACGUUUUCCAUAUUUGUAUGAAGAAACCAUUGCAAGGACCAAACCCAACAGACCAAAUAGUGCUCCAUGUAUUCUGGAAGAAUAUGAUAGAGCUGUCCCAGUUAUUUCAGAACUAGAAGGUAACAUGGCGGACACUGAGUCUGUUGUAUCAGUUAGUGCUAGCAAUACUGACCAAGAGUCAGCGGCUUUCACAUCAGACGAGAAAUCGUCAUAUCAAACACCUGGAAGAGAGGAUGAGAAAUUAGACGAAAGUACCAAGAUUUCCCCUGCGAUAUUUGAUAAGAAGUUAUUAAAAGAAUGUAAAGUUGUGUUAGAAGAUGAAUAUGAUCAAGCUUUGAGAUGUUACGGAUGGAGAAUGGAAAUACCUGGUGAUCCUUUCAAUUUAAAAUCCAAAUUAUUACCUAAACGAUUACCAUACACUGUUAAAUUACAUCUACAACCAACUUUAGGUCAACCACCAAAAAUGACGAAACAAAAUCUUGAAACAUUCUUUCAACCAACUGUUAAAAUCCCAAUACCAAGUUUCACUAUCCAUCCAGAUUUUAAUUCGGAAUUUUAUAAUGCACGUAGAAAUUAUUUGAUUAAAAAAGAUCUUUGGAAUUACGCUACACGUAGUUAUUCAUUUGCAUAUUAGACUAUUAUGUUAUGUAAUAAAAUAUUAUCCACUUA